ACGAUAGAACAGACGUGCGAUAUCCAAGUCUGCUUCAUUUUGCUGCUGAUUUCAAUCUGCGGACGUUCUGCACAGAAUUGCUACGCUUUCCUGGCAUGCUGGCGGCUUCACUAACAGAGAACUGUGACGGGGAAUUCCCUAGUCAGAUAGCUGCCAGAAAAGGCUACACGCUUAUAGAGACUGACCUGCUGCACUUUGUCGAAGAUUACAAAUGUGAAAGCUUGUUGUACGUGUCGCCUACACCACGUCCACAUCACAGCUCUGGAAGACCAAGCCCACACUCGGUAGAAAAGCAAGCACGUUACAUAAAUCAGCACCAGACUCCGUCUACAGCCAGCGGUCUCUACAUCGACAUGGGGAAUGUCAACAUUUCUGCUGGUUCAGCCACAGAUAAAUCGUGUUGCCAAUCAGACACAGAGAUUAUCUCACCAAUCUCAGAAUCCAGUGACAAUGUUUUCUUGCGAAGUUUCAGUUCUAAGGACCUUGACAGUAACAUGGAGCAGAUCAAUCAGCAGUGCCUAUCAUAUCAGAGUCCAGACGCUGACCUGAGAUCGUCUGCGGCCAUGUCCACUAAAGCACUAAAGAUGUUAGGAGUGCUAGAAGAGGACUUGUGCCUUACGACAACCUCCACUGCCACAAGUUCAUGCAUCAGAUCUGAUAGUUCUAUCUCAAGUCCUGCCACCCCUGCUGGAAAUGUGUACUAUCCUGGACUCUCCCAAGUGUUGUCAGAUCCCCUCAAGACAUGUCUCAGCAACAGUGUGGAAGCAACAAAUCUCAACGGGCAUGACUCCAAACUGAGAACUUUUACCAAGAUCGUCUCGUUUUUCGGCAAAAUGAAAAACAAAAGGUCCAACAGUUUAGGGGAGAAUACUUCUGUUGCUGGUCGUUCUUUAAAGAAAACUUUGAGCAACAGAAGCGAUAAAUCCAGUAAAGCUGUUUUGGAAACAAGUUCACAGUUGAAAAAAAACAAAUCUGCCAGCCAAGAGAGAGACAGCGGGAGCUACAGCGAUGAAGACAAGGAGAAAUCCUGGUCAGGGAGCAUCAAAAAGACGAGUAAACCAAAGGAGUUCAGAGGCAGGGGAAAACCACUGACGCGCCGUCUAUCCCAACGCGCCCAAGCUGCAAGCAAGGAAUGUGUACGGGACGCCCCUGAACUUCCAAACUCUAUCGUCAGGACGCAGCAAAUGACAAGCAUGAAUGGAAGCAGUUAA